UUUGAAUAAAGCACGCUGCGCUGAAUUACGGGAGACAUGACCGAUCCAACGUCGACAUCUUCUAGACGACGCCAGAUCAGCCAGAAGACCCGAAAGAAAUCAGCGUCCACCAGAAAGUCUCAGAAAGGCUUCUUCAGAUCACAGAAUUAUUUUACCAAGGGCCAUGAACACUUGGGAGAAACUAGAAAUGUCCUGGAGGAACAAUCUCCAUUCGUCUAUCCUCCUUGUUCGCUCAUGUUCUCUUAUUUUCAAUAUUGGAAGGCGAAAAAACGUACCACAGAUAAAGAACGAAGAAUGGAUGUCUUCAAAGCCAAAGACUCGCACGAUCUUCUACGGAGACUUCGUGUGGACGUGGACAUCGAGGCUCUAGAGGCGAAGAAACACAAAGAUUUGGAAGAAGCUAUAGCCAUGACCGACGUAGAUCCGCAGUAUUUCUCGGAAUUGGAUGGAGGACUAGUCGGAGAAAAAUUUUCUGUGCGCAACUACGUAGAGGACACUCGUGAGAUUUUAAAGGUUCGGUUGCUAGCUGGACAAGAAAUGGACGAUUGUAUUCGUAUAGACCAACAAUUCGUCGAGGAGCAGAAACGACUCGAUGAGAUCAAGCGACGAUUUCGUCGAUACGUGAGCGGUUUCGAGGAGUUCCUUUCGACGGAUCACGAGGAGAGCAUGAAGAUUCUACAGUUGGCUGAAAACGAGAUAAAGAAGACUAGGCAGAUCACAGACAGGAGGAACAAGCUUUCCGCAGAGUACGGUAAAGUCAGACUGGACGUGUACCAUUGGGAGGAGAGCUGGAGGACAGUGAAGAUGUGUCAAAGAUUCCUCUAUCAGGUGUCUCCGCUCGCUUGGCGGGCGGAACACGACUGGAUUCAUCGCACUGAUUCUGGAGAAAGCAUCCUUCACAGAGCUGAUGAUUUAUUCGGUCGAUACAGAAUGGUUGACGAAGUUGCUUCGCUUGACGUUCUCAUAGACUUGUUCGAGCAAGACAUUAACAAGGCAGGCCCGACAAAUAUAUACUUCGAAGAUCCAUUUGAACUGAUCUACGUGUUCAGAGCGAUAGAAACGCAAAAUCUGAACGCGUUGAUUCACUUGGAGUCUCUGGCAAAGCCGAUGUCUGAAUUGAUGGUGACGAUUCAGUCGGCCGAAGAACAGAUCCAGGCGGAAGUUACGGAAAUAACCAACACAAUCAACGAGCUACAAGAUACCAUUCGCAAACUCGAAGCUAGAGCCGCGGAAUUGGAAAGUUACGCGAACGAGCUUCUAGAAACGUUGUUCCGCGAUUCCGUUUGUUCCGAGGAAGUGCUCCGUCUUCAAGUAUUCGUCGAGGAUACGUAUGAAAGCUGUGUGGCGCCGAACGAUGCGAACCUAGACAGUUUCUCCAUGAUGAAAUGGAUCGAGAAGACGCACGAGGAGUUGAAUUUGAAGCUGGAUACUCUACCACCGGAAGUGGUCCAAGCUUGCGAGAAGGAAGGCUUCAAGCAGGAGCUGAGGGCUAUGAAGGAGACAGAGGAAGCUGCCAAAAAGUUUGAGCUUAUGCAGCGAUUGCUGGCAUCUCUGCAACGUGCUAUAGAGCCACCUCCGAUAAAAAGGCGGCCUGCAAUGCGGCGAUCGACUCCAAAAACUCAAAGGUUGAAAUCGAUACCACCCCCGCCGAAGCCAACCGAGCAGGAGAUGCAAUAUUUGAUCUUUUUCACCAACUAUUGCAAACAGGAGGACUUCACCGCCUAUCGCGAUCAAUUUCCGGACGACUUUGACCUGACGUUUCAGGAUAAAUGUUCGGAAUCGAUCAAAAGUGCGGCAUCCGAGGAUCACAAGGGAGAAGAAGAUAACAGUCAACGAGAUUUGAAGAGUCAAAGAGAAUCGAAAGAGACUCUACAAGAUUUUAAUAUUACUGAGACUGUCGACUGAUCGGACAACUUUACAAAUUAACGUAUUAUAGAAUAUUAAGAAAUAUGCGAAAGUUUCUUGUACUAUUGCUGCUAAAAUACAAAACGAUAUGUGUUGUACGCAGGAAACGCGUGACGCUGAUUUUUAUCAUGUAAAAGCAAUUGUACAGAUUAAAAAUUAUGAAAGCAAUUCAUCACGGAGAAGAUUAAAUCUCGUUACUUAAUAUUUGAUCGAGUUUUUACAUUUUUUGUACAAUCUCAGAUUCCACUCUAGUGCGAGUUAAAAAAGAAUUCUUCUUUACUUUUUGGUCAAGAUUCUAGCGAAGUUCACAGGAACCAUCUCUGCUCACUUUUACAUAAUAAAGUUUCAAACUUACACCCGCCCGAUCGAUCAUUUUUGCCAUUUCAAUUUGUGGAACUGUUCCAAAGUAAAAACAUAAUCGUUUAUCAUUAUCAAAGCUGUGAUACUUUAAAACUCUCUAAUGAAAUCGUGGAGUAAAAUGUGGCAAACGAUCAUGGAAUAAAUUUCGUACUAACCGAACAUGAUAGCUACAAAGAAAUUAUUAUACACGAUAGCGCGUCUGUAUCCGCGCAAUAUGCAAAUACUGUAACCAUUACGCGGCUACGUAUAACGCUUGAAAGGAAGGAUAGUUGUUUCUUAAUCCUGGUUCACCAGGUUAAAACACCGAUGGAAAGAAGCUACAGCAUAGCGAAUAACCGAAACAAAUUAUUGUUUUAGCCAGAGAGUUCACCGCGACUCUCCAAUUAUUCAUAGUGUUCCAUGAUUUCGAUAUUACCUUCGCGGACGAGCUGGUGAAUAAUUCACGAGGCUUUCCGAAUCGAAAAUCUUCGUCGUCCGAUUAAGUAAUUGAAUUAAUCAGGCAACGCAGCAGAUGAACAGAUGGCUUCCGCGUGUUCCUUCCUUCUCCCUUCCUUUCGCUUCCUCUUUCCUUCAAUUGAAACACUUGCACGAUUUACGCAGCGCGAAACACCGAUCAAACGUAACGUCGAGGUCGCCUCGCAGCGCGAAGAUUAAUUCGAGACGCGGAAACGUCUGUGCAAUAAUCUUUUCUCUAUCUUGCUUUUUCUUUUUCAUCUUUAACGGACGAGUUGGUGCGUGCGUUCUCCGCUUUACGGCCGAAAGCCACGCGCUCGAGUCAUGGCGUUUUCAAUUUUUACGGGAACAGCUGCGCGCUUCCAUAGUACACGAACGAUCCGUUGGUUUGAAGAUGAAAAUUUUACGCGAUUCUCACGAGAACCCUACGGGAGGAUAAACUUGCCAGGGAUUUUUCGUUCUUCAGUUCCUCCCACGUGCAUUAACAUUGCAAAUCAUUCUUCUUACGUCCCGCUGUUUUGGAGAUUGUGCGAGCAACAUGAGCGAGAUUUUAAUUGCUUCUUUGCGUACCUACUAAAUUAAUCAUUUGUAGAUUCUAUUGAUCGAAUUUGAUGUCUCAUGUCUUUAUUAAUAAGAUUAAGAAGAUAGUUUCGAAAAAUGUCUAUGAUUGAAGAUUACAGAUGAAAAAUUAUAGGUCAUAAUUUUUGUCCUUUUAAAAGAGCAAUUUAAAGAUUCGGCGUGUUAAUUAAUUAUACGUGAAAGGUAUAUCUUUUCGUUCAAUUUUGGGAUUAAAUGCGUGCCAAUGUCGCUCUUUUGAUCAUUGAAAAAAUAUUAAUCAUGCAGAUUGAUAUUAAUCGAGCACAACCGGUACAGUAAAUUAAAUUAAUAUUUUUCGUCUUUUGCAAGGCAGCAGGGUGGAUUUGUCACCUGUUUUUGAAAGAUUUGUAUCUUCCAAUUUAUCAGACUACUCCGUUCUUCGAUUGUUCCAUCUUAAAACGUUCCUUUUCAGCGAUUAAGUGACGUAAAAGCCAGUAAAUCAAGAAAAACCGGCAUUGUCGCAUUUGUUCCGUGUAAUCUUCAAUUAGAAUGUAUUUUUAUUUUCAUACGUUUGCAAUUAACGAAGAGCAUGUAUUAAGUAAAUUGAAAGUCUGGGGCAUCUUUUACUUCCAGAUCUCGUUUUCGAGAAGAGCGAGUUUGGGAACUUGCUAGGUAACUCGACAUCUGCAAACUCAAUUUCCUCGAAAACGGAGAUACGUUUUUGAACUUGGUUUCCUAGAAAACAAUGUCCUGAACGAACAAAUUUACUUUCCAAUUUUUAACUUAUAUUUCUACGUAGAAUCAGCUUUUUUCUUUGAUCGCACGAUUGCCAGAACAGCCUCUGUGUUAAAAUAAUUCUUAUAUAAAUAUUUAGAAUAUUAAAGAAAAAUAUUAGAAAAGUUUAGAAGAAAAUUGUCAGAAAUCGAAUGAAACAUAUGUAAUUCCCAAGUUCCACGGCCACUUAUUCCUCAUAUAAAUAUCACAAUUUCAAAGAUCAUAAUCCGAAUGUAGUUUCUGAAACUACUUUGAACGAUCAAGAAAAUCCAUGUUUGAACCUUUAUUUUAUAUUUCCUAAUUUCACUCCGAUAUGAUUGCCAAAUUCUAUAGCCGCCCAAUCCUCGUAUAACUAUAGUUUCAGAUUAUAAUACGGAGGCUUUGAAACCGUUGCAAACAAUUAAGAAAAGCCAGGUUCGGACCAUCGCGACUUCAAUAAUCCCCUCGAAACUCGAUCCUCCAUUCGUUUCAUAAAAUUCAAAGCACAGUGAAAUCGUUGCUCGCUCUAAUUGCACCAAACAGUCGUUCAGUUCAUUGAAUCACCGUGAAGCAGGGAAGAUGGAAUAAAAUUAAAAGAGAGUCAGAGUAACGGUGUAAUUGAAGAGGAGUUGAAUUCAGGGAAGGAGAAGCGAUUCUGAAAUUCUUAUGCAAUGAAAAAGUAACGGGUUUCGGAUUACUUUCGCGGAGUGGUUGCUUGAAGAAUGUUCUCGUAGGUUUCUCCUUUGCAUCCCCGUUUCCCAAAGGACUUCGGGCUAAGAACAAGAGGACCCGGAUGGGAAAGGGAGAGAAAAAGCGCACACGUGUUUAGCCGGGAACGAAAGAAAUCGGCGGAAAUGGAAAAAGUGGGAGGAGGUCUGCACGUAAAGGAAGUAAUUUCUCCAAUGGCAUGAUAAAAAAUAGAAAGAAAAACCAAGGAACAAGGAUAAAAGAUCGUACGGUGUUUCGUCUUCGUUGGACAUCGAUGAAAAUAGAUGAAAACGCGUGGACGUUUGCGCGGAGUAAGCAAGUUGAUGUUUGUUAUCAAUUUGCGAAUUAAUAUUUACCUGUCUCGUUGAUUCAUCCAGUGCAUGUGGCCUAUUUUCGCGCAGAUGCGAAGGAAUUUUGCAUCUGACGAUUGUUUAAGAAUUAUUUCUAUCGUAAUUAAUUUAAUUAUCGUGUGAUAAAUGGGUGCAUACAAAGAAAUUAUGUACCACAUUUUAGAUAGCUAAUUUUCCAGGUACAAUCAUUCCCUUACCUGCCACAUUAUAAUUAUCCAGGCAUCCUGUUCUUAUUCUUUUACAAUUUCUUCUCCUAAGAAGAACAAUUUCGACAAAUAAAUUAUCUUUAAUUCUGACAAGGACAAAGAAGAUCCUUCCUCGGUAAGAUCAUUCCUCUUUGUUCUUAUGACUUGUACAUUUUAGGGUACACGAGGCCUCUAACAUACAUAAUUUCUAUACUACACGUAUACAGCCAUAUGCAGUAAGAUACGAGAUGAUGUUUUAUAGCAGGCUAUUAUGGUGUUCGGUGGGGAAGAUUCGCAACGACAUGGAAUCGAUACAAGGGUCCGACGAAGUCGGUGUUGGAACGUCUCGGGUAAAUGAGAAUUUUGGCCCUGACAUGUUGUCUGCAGACUGUCAUCUCGACGCGAAAGAGCUACAAAGGGAACUGGGAAGGUGAGGGCGACUGUAGCAAGUCGAGUGCCACGUGUCUGCCAUCGAUUCCACUUGUAGGGUAAAGGUGGCGAGGGUUGGUGGCUAGUUAGGUAUCGUUGCAAAUGAUCCUCGCCAUCUCUCUUUCAAUUUCUACCAAGUGGUGACACUUGUGUGUGCUCGCGGUAACAACAGUUCGUCGUGCUCGAAAGGGAGAAAUUUGCAUAGAGCAUCCUCUCUAAAAAUAACGAAGACGAAAAUUCUACUAGAGAUAACCUAUUCAGCAUAAUAUAGCGGAAUAACACCAUAUACUGUCGGAAGACAGAUUAAUCAACCGCAUUUUCUGUCAUUUUCUCAAUCACAUUACAUAAGUACGUACGUGAUUAAUAUUCAAUUCUUAAAAAGUAAAUUUCGAUAUGUUCGAACCCUUUAAUUUUACUUUUGCCAUUUCACGAUUCAUUACACGGGCGAGUCUUAUCCAUACAAUUCUUAUUACGCAAUUCGUUUCGUAAAUAAAAAAGCGGUAGACCUAGUUAGAUAGACCUAUUAAAUAUUGCAAAAAUUAGAGACCUACAACCUUAAGCACACGGAAUUUCCAGAGAUUAAGAGACGUCUGGAUAAUUACAUAGAGAAAAUCUCACAGGAAAGCGAAAGAAGAUUAAGACUAAUUCGAAAGAAAACGGAUUAUUUUUUCUAUCAUGGUAAAAGCACCAGCUGUGUACGAGGUUUCGGAAGAAUGGUCGGCGUUUCAGUGGAAAUCGCCCAGGGAAAGGCCGGAUUUUGCGUACUUCGAGGAGGCCUUUCGAGAUUAUCCCCAUAGCAACGAGAAUUGCUCGAUAGCAGACUGGCUAGGGGGCUCUUCAACCAAGUCAGCCCCUCUCUCCUCUUCCUCUUCCUCCUCGUUCCUGUUUAUCGUUCGUCUGUUUUCAACCCUUGCACACCACCCCGUAACUUCUCCCGUUUUUUUAACACAGCCGAUGCGGGGAAACUGAGAAGACAGAGAGAAACAUACGGUAUAUAGAGUAUUAUGCCCUGUACCGUUGGUUCCUCUUGGUCCUCCUGCGCUAUAUUAUUCACCAUUCAGCUGUCCGUGAACUCUCCUCAGAGCAGAGAGGGCCUUUUGUCUCGCGCGCCGCUCAUCCUCGCGUUUGAACGCGCGCGGUCCGCUUUGGAUUACACCGGCGAGUCUUUGCAGCUUCUUUUCUUUCCGCUCGUCUUCGUCUUCUUCCUCGUUUGGAUAUAGCAACGACUUAGAUAUUGGCCGACACUACACCUUGUUAUGAAUCCAAUAAAGAUGGAUCGUGGGUAGAAUUGAAUUUCAGAUGCGUACAGUUCUAACUGGCUGCAAUUUUAUUUAUUUACGGUUUAUGGUCGCGUAGAUUUUAUGUACGGCGUACGUACAUUUCAUCGUACGUCCGGGAGAUUUUCUUCAGGAGUAAUAGUAAAAUUUAUUUCCUAUGUUGCCUCGUCCAGGUUCUUUAUUUAUGGAUACGAAUCUAUCGAGUUCUGCGCAAUAAGACGUCUCUACGAUUUCGAAGAUUUUUCUACACUGCUAUCUGUGCAAGGUUUUCUUUUUAUAUUAGGAAAAAAAACAGCUGACUUUUCCCUUGAAGCUGUGUCAAUGUGUAGAGGAAUUGAGGUUGAUCUUGCUGAUAUUUCUUGCGAGAGAAGAUGCGGUCAUGCGUCGCAUUUGUUUAAGAAUAAGUAUUGAAACAACGUCGUACAUGAAAGCUCUUAUAUAUAUGAGUAGAAUCUUGAUUAUUAAAAUAUCGAUCAACGAUCGAUUAAUUGGAGAUUAGAGAAUGGUUCAUUAAAAAACACAAGGACAGAAACUGAAAGGAAUUGCUACAUUUUUGUUGAAAAGUUCUCGUUUCUAUUCUUUAUCAAUAUAUCUUUCAUACAUAUGUAUUUCAUAAUUAUUUCGGAUAAUUAAAGUUCUACUACAUUUCAAAGCUAAGCUGCGAGCUAGAAGAUAUAACGCAAGUUAUCUCAUCCAUCUCCUGUUGAUGCCACGGAUUCUACCGGCGCACUGAAUCUACGAAAGUUGAAGUUGAAUUUCAAGUUUAUAAAACAGCGUGAUACGUAUAACGAAAUAUUUUCACGAAUUAAUCUAAACGUAGAAUCGUCCUACCAUAUGAAGAAGAAAUAUUAAAUCAACGUUGGAGGUUCUCUUAACAGAGGAGUCUUUUGUCCGAAGUGGCACAUUUUCGCAUAUUUGAGGACGCAACGAGAGCUUACAUUCAGUUUCCAUUUAAUGUAAAUGCAGCAGAAGUGAAAAAUGACAAUUUUUUUUCCAUCAAUUUAACAGUCGCCGCGUCACUUAGUUGUUUAUUUUUAAUUAAAGAAAUGGUUAUUCGCGUGUACAUUUUUAGGAAUCUCAGCCACGUGCGCGCGGAUGAUUCACACACAUCCCCUCUGACUUUCUUGAUGGGAAUAAAAAGAAGAAAAGAAGAAGGAAUCUGUUAAUCCAGCAGCAGCCGGACAAUUUUAACAAUGGACCUCCAUAGUCCUGCUGAACUACUUUAUUCGCUAUUCAGCCGUCCGUGAACUCUGGGAUAAAAGAGGCCUUUGUCUCGAGUGCUACUCAUCCAUGCGUUUGAAUAUGUGUUCGUUUCUGCCACGAGCUACAACUGUUUACAGUAUUCGGCUGAAUAUCGUUAAGAGCGAGAUGACACCAAAAAUAGUUCAGCAGAAAUCACAGAGAGCUUGUUACUCGAUGAAAUUACGGAAUUAGGGGAAUUAAGAAUGGUGAAAUUAAAAAUUAGAGAGUCUGGGAGAUUAAGGGUUGGAGAGCUAAACGAAUUAAAGAACGGAGAAUUAGAGAAAUUGAGAAUUGAAAGAAUUAAAAAAAAAAACAUUAAAAGUAAUUAAAGGAAUUAAAUUUCAGAGAGUUGGAGAAUUUGGGAAAAUUAAAAAUUACAGAGUUAGAGAAUGCGGAAAUUAACUAUUAAAAAAAAAAGAAAUUAAAAACUAGAGCGUUAGCGUUAAUUAAAAAAUUAGAAAUUGGUAGUUGGAGAAAUCAAGAAUUAAAGAAAUUAAAAGUUACAGGGUUGGAGAAAUAGAGAGAUAAAGACUUGGGGAAUCUCAAUUCUUUAGAAUUCGAUAAAGGAUCAAAGUGGUGUUAUUGAGAUAAACGACUUUGCAAAGUGGAAUUAUUAGAUUUCAAGAGCACGAUAAGAGGCUUCAGAAUGUUUCUAAUGAAAAUGUUCAACGCUGUUUCUGCAUGGGACUCAAUUUGUACACAUGGUGGUCAACUAAAAGGCGUGCAAAUGAUUGCGAACUUUCUCACGAGGGAGGCUUGGACAAGCGCGUUAGCCUUGUUGUUAAUGGCAAGAAUAAUUAACGACCGUCUACAGCAGCUGUUCUUUCGUAGUUUCUAUCGUUGUCUUCUCCUAUUUUCUUCUUUAACUGACUUAUUUUCCCCCAGAGAAUUGAACAAUAACCCCGCGCAGUAAAUUGUACAGAGUAAGGCGCGUAAUCGGUUGCCAGGAUAUUUGAGUUUGUUUAAAAAAAAAAAAGUGGUUCAACAAAUUAAAGAAUCCACGGGGAUAAGAAACCAUAAAGAAUAUCUUCUCUCCGUAAAUAACUGACGAGGGAAGAUUCCCAGCCCGCAAAUUUAAAAAUUUAUGAAACGUUGGGGAUAUGUAGGGGAUAUGCGGAUAUAUAUUAUGCAAUUUUUUCCCAAAUCCAUUCUAAAGGAGUGAAAACGAUCCGUGGAAAUGCGGCUAUUUUCCGAUUUUCCAAAUGAUAGACCUAAAAGAAGGGGCUGAAAAGUUAGUAUACGCUGUUUUAUUUCUAAAUCCUCUUUUUCCCUUCCGCUUUAAGAACGUGGAAUGAGAAAUGUACAAUGUUAUUUAAGAAAAAAGAGAUGACCUCGGUUCUUCUGUCUUAAAAAGGUUCGUUCUAUAUCAUAAUGGACGUUAAUGUUGAUUAACUUUCAUUUGAAACGAUUCUGAUUACACUAUCAAUUCGUAGUGAUCGACCUGUUACUAUUAAAUUAAAUCCUUCAUCUUGUAUCAGCAAUUAGCUUUCGUCUCUAAAAAUGUCUUCACCUUUGAAGAUUUUCAUUGAUCCAAAGAAACUGCUUGAAAAUCUCUUUUGAACUGAACGGACGAUAGCCAUUAAUUCCUUCCGCGAACCAGCGAUCAUCUGUUUUCGACCGAACAAAGUUAAAUUGGAUGCUGUUAAUCUUCCCAAUUUUGGGUCGUCGACUCAAGCAGCGAAACUAAUGCCAUCUUGUCCCCCCAUGGUUACACAUUCGGGUUAAUUAGCUUCAUUAAAGUGGACGGCAAACGGGGUCUGUUAGCGUCUUCUUACUUAGAACGACGUCCUCAUGAAGGAAAAUUUUUACAGCGUCGAGCUUCAACUGUUUUCGUGUCUUUAGCCUUUCUAAUGAAUAAUUCCAGUAUACUCUUGGUGGCCGUCACCCUCUUCUAGAAUAUAAUGAUAGAUAUCUUUAAAAUCUACCGAAGUAUACGAGCUAGAUUAUGUUAGGGGAGAAUUUAUCUUCGAGGGGAUAUUUUGCUUCAACUUUACGUUCAAACGUGCUACAGUUUCUUGAUAGUUGGUUUUUUUAAAAAUGUUCAAUUCGUCGAACGCUUCCAGUGUGAGUUAAAUCUAGAGCUUAGGACGUUUAAGUCUAGAAUGUUUGAAUUCCCAAAUAUCGAGUUUCGUUCGUAAUAUCCUUUCAAUUAUCGGAUUAUCGAGUAUUGUUCGUACUUUCAAUUAAAACUUGUUUUUCUCAUUUACUUAUUUAAGGUCAGAUCCACUCUGUCGGUUACCGCAAAUGAGCCACGACCGCAAUGGGAACGCACUAUGCUAUUAAAAUUUGCACGCUUCCAGAGCAGACAGUGUUAUAACCGAAAUGAACUUUCCAGCAAUGAUCAUAAAGAGUUAUUCUUAAUAAAGCGAUUACAUGAAAACUUGGCUAUUCGAAAAUCGUGCUAAUUUCGUGCGAAAUAUCAAUAAAAUCCUUUCUAAUUCGAUGAUUACGCUGCCUAGAAGGAACGUAAUCUCUAGCUGAGAUUUGAAGCUUCAUGAUUUACGAGCUAGUGAGCUUUACAGCUUCCCGCAAAUCGUUUUAUUUCGGAGCUUUAUCGUCGCGGAGCUAUUGCGACAAAUUACGAGAAACGCGAUUCCUUUAUUUGGAUUGCUUCCAGGAAGGGAAACUGCUUUGAUGCGGCGCCAUGCCAGUCGACGCGUUCCAAGAUGUCGAACGAAGGAUUAAUUUGAGAAAACAGUACGUGGCCUUAUACGUACGUACGUACGUGCAAUCUUGUUCCAUCGAGGAAUACGCCGCCCUUUUCUAUCGUCGUUUCUAUACAUGGAGCGAACUAUAACGUGGCACGCCCACGAAUCGGCGCCCACACUGAUUUUCAGUACUUUUGAUUCCGGACGUAUGCACGAAAACGACAGUAUUCUCCUGUACCUACACUCUCGUUCCUCAUUUACAUCUGUGUGCUACGAUAAAAGGGACCCUCCGUCCCCAUUCUCCCGUUUCACAAGAGAUUUUUUUAGUAAUUAAGAUGAAAGGCUGUCAGCAAGGAUGUCGGAGAAUGGGGCAUUUUUUUUAUUAUUUAAAAAAAACUAGAGAAUAACUACACUUGAUAUAAAUUGCUACAGUCGAUUACAAUCUAUUAUGAUUGUUUAUUAUAAUCAAUUUACCAUAAUUGGUUAUAAUUUCCUCUAAUUUUAUAUAGUUCGCUAUAAUUUGCUAGAAUGUCGUUUUCUGAAAUCUAGAAGCGUUCAUAGAUGAGAAGAUCACGAGCUUUCGUAUGCUUUCUCUGAAAUUUCUAUUCAUCCGUUCAAUUCGUUCAAUUUGUUUAACCUUUCCAGAAUCGAGUAUUUUUCUACGCCUGUAGAAGACAUUGUUUUAGUCGACAAUAAUAAAAAUUACUUUUAUAAGAACAGUUUUGCCAAGAGCACAGAAGCGGGCAUAAAGAAGUUUACUGUGUCUGGUUAACUAAUAAUUUAUCAAAGUAGAACGUAGAAGAAGCUAAUUAUUUUCGAACUUUUCCACGAAUAUGAGACGAUAUCUUCUAGCAGAGACACGAUUUUCAAUUUCAGCUUAACGGUAAGAAGUUGACGGCGCGCCGAUAUUUUCUCGUCGCAACGGAUGGAGUUCCCAUUCUUUCUGGUUUUUCCCCGUGAACGUACGCACAUGUGCAUCUAAAUAUACGAAACACAUAUAUGCUGAACCGCCCACAGCUCGAACCGGUAUAUCGUACACUCGUAUCCGACGAUGAUCCGAGAAAAGCACUCGCGUCUGGAGAACACUCGGUGAAAAAAAAGUUUUCCAAAGAAAGCAAUUUGUCUUUUUCCCGCGGUGGCGCGCAUUUCUGUCGCGUUCGGGUUAAAAAGGGCGAGGGGAAGAAACAUGGUCGACCUCGAGAAAUGAUUAAAAAUGCCAGAUUUCAGACUCAGGCGGUACAGUUCGCCGUGUAAGUUGCCGACAGUGCAAUUUCUCGUUGAUGCUGACAAAGAUUCAAUUUUAAAACUGUCUCUAGUUAAAAGAUUAAAGCGAAGUCACUGCAGUGGCUUUUCGAGAAUUUUUCUUUUUUUGUUUUCCAUUAAAAUCACGAGGAGUAAUUUUCUCAGGAAUUGAAUUUUCUGGCGUAACUAUUUCUCGUAAAUUAUAUUUAAUACGGCCCAAGAAUUUCAUUUUACGAUUGUUUUUAUUACUAAAAGAAAUAUAAAAAAUAACAGAACAGACGAGUAUUUGUUUCGUUUAAUAUAAUAACAAAUCGUUUUUUUAAGCGAUUGAAUCGUUCGGUGCGUAACUAGCGCUUGUCGGUGAAGAUAUUCGAACAUGAUCGAAAAAGCGAUAUAUGCUUGAAAAAUAAGAGUCGGUCAACGCCUGUCAGAUCGUACGAAUUCUAAACGCGCGUGUCUGACGCGAGGCGUCUCGAUCUACUUAACCGCGUUAAGAAAGUGCUGCAAAAUUUACAUAAAGUGUAAAGGUUUUAUAAUUCCACUGAGAAUGAACUUUCCGUGUAGCAAAAUUUUUCUAUCAACCAGGUUACCCCUUAAUCAAAAACUUGUAUAAUCACAAAGUAAAAAGUAGCGCUGCGCAUCUAUCAACUUUAACUGGGUCAAAUGCAAAUACGAUAUAAUUGAUUUCUAACCGAGAUGAAAUGAUACGUAAAAAGAUGAUAUUACGUUCGAGAAAUGGACGAUUCACCCGACGAGUUAACCCGUUCUUAUCGGUUAACGAGUUAAAAGUAAAACGAUAUCGUAGUCGUAUAAAUCUUCUGGCAGAGAAUUAAAACAGAAGGAUCUAACGAAUAAGACUUUCUCUAACGUUUAGACGACACGUGCUAAAUUACUUAGUCUCUGCUUAUUCGCAAGCUCAACGUACUCUUCCCCAUUUCGAAUGCAAAGAGACUGCUUUGAUCGUUCUCUUCCGCCAAUUAUGCUUACCACUUGUUCUGCUGGAUGCUAAUAGAGGAACUAGUGUAUGCAGAUUUCAAGAAGAUCCGCGUGAAACUCGAAUUUCUCGUACGAAUCGAACGACUGACGAGCGAAAAGGAGAGUUGCCAAAUUGCAUUAGUAAUUUUUCAAAGGAGAACAAUGCGGGAUCAGAGAUUUAAUCUGGAAUUUAUGGCUAACGAAACGUGAAAGGCGUUCAAUCGCCGGUGUAUUCCGAGUAGAGAUAUUCCUGAGAUGCUAUCUAAUAUUUCCGUGGUACAAUAAACGCGUUCUGUCGUUCGAAUGCACAUUGUUCCCAUUGUAACGACACGAACUUUCUAUCAUUGUUUCCGUGCUCGUUCGUAGACUUCCUCUAACGAGCCAAUGUUUUACAGCUUCUAAACAUAAACGCUUUCCAUCCUGACAGCAUGUUAUCGACAUUUCCACGUAAUAAAACUGGACCCAUGAAUUCUCGUUAUUUCAGAAAUUUCUCUUUUUUGCUAUACUCUGCUUCUGACAGACAAAAUGUAACAAUGCGGUCAUUGUGUUAAAUGCAUUAGCACUGGAUAUUUUAUAUUUCGUUUGCUCUGAUUCCAUAUAACGAUCCUGUUAACGCUUAAUGGAUCGUUACGUAUAAAUGUUUAAAAAAUAUAUACUUGUCAGUGUAACGAGUUCAGAUCUAUGAUCGCAUAGCCUGAUUCUUUCAAUCACAGAGAAUUAUCAGAAAGCAUAAACAGCAAAAAGCAACUGUAAUUAAAACAAAAAUGAAUGUAGAUCUUUAGCGUUCUGUUAUAAUAUUCCAAGGAUUAACGAAUUCGAUCUCCUUACAAGACGACAGAGCCACAAUGUCUUAGACACUCGGUAGAAAAUUGACGAAGAACGAAACGUUCCACUAUGAUACUUCAAGGUUAAAAAAAUGAUUAAAUUCAAUUCUGCUACGAAACUACAGUUUUGACGGUUCACAUUUGUUUCGCUAAUAGAUGCAAAGGCAAGAAGGAGAGAAAUAGUCAAAUUGCACCCGGAAAUAAAAGCACUUCUUAACGAUGGAAAUUUCUCAACGUCGAGCGUAAUGACGGCGUUUCCAGCAGCAACCUCGUUUAUGCCAUUCUUCAUCACAGCUCGCAGUGUACGGACGUCUCGGUACACUUUUUGUCAAUGCAUGUAGCUUUCCGCGUUCCACAUUACAUUGCUGCGACACAAUGUUCAAACAUCGGGAGCAUCGCGACGCCGUUGUCGGACGAGCCUUCCUGUAAUUACGUCGCGCCGUACAAGCUUUCUACGAUGAGCUUGUACGAGCACAACGCCGUCAAUGUCCAACUGAACGCGCGCGUUCUGCCACAUUUUUCCAAUUAACUGCCUAUCACGAUACCAUCGUGUUCGCGCGAAAUGAAUUUCUGCAAGAACCAUCAUUUACCAAGCGUAAAGGUCGAACAGUGUUUCAUCGACGCAAACUGGUAUUUAAAUGACUAUUUUUUCGAAUCCAGUUUUAAUCCUUAUACGUUCCAAAUUGUGUAUUUUUCUAUAUUUUUUCAAAUUGUCUAAGUUUAAAAUUGUCGUAAUAAGCGUACGCUAAGUAUCGACAUUUCCUUAGAAUGUAUGAAUUUUGGUUUAAUAACCUUUUAAUAUUAAAUUUCCCAGAAAUGAAUAAAUCAGUCAAAGAAGAAAUAACAAAAUAUAGCAACAGAUAUAGCAAAAGAGUCAACAAACAUCGGAACCCCCUAAUUACUAAAUUACAUAACAUGUCGGACCAGAUCCGCAGGCUGAAA